GGUCUACAGCUGCAGCCAGCUAGCCUGGCUUGCCUACGAUGUAGCCACUGCCAAUCAAAAUCAAACUCGUUGAGGGCUCAUGCCUUGGGCAGCCUGAAUCAAUUGGAAAGAGGGAACCCAGAACCUCCGCCCAAUACAGUCACGCGUGAAGUUACGAACCCCAUUAACCUCUCCAAUCCUCUCCAAUGCCCACCUUUUGCCCUGCUCCCGUCCUCGGCCUUCUGGAUCCUUGUCCUCCCCACUACCGCUACCACCACUCUGCCUAGCUUAGCCCCCCCCCUCGCUCCUUAACGUAUAUUUGUUUUUCUCUCCAUGUAUAGACAGACAGCGGCCACAGCUAACAAAUUGGCUCCUCUAUCCUACACUCCGCGUAAGCUUAUCUAUUUGGAAGACGAGUACCAUGAAGCGACAGCACGAAGUGCACCAGAAAACGUUUGCCGCCUUUGGGAAGGUAGAGGAAGAAGAGGACAACUUUGACAUUCUGACGGAUGUGGUGGCAGCAAGGUGUGGGGUUGUGGUAGAGCCUGAGCAUCAGAAGCAGGAGGUCAAGACUCAGCAAUCUGGAGAUGUGCUGGUGCCCACAUUGGCUCAUGGAUAUGCAUACGGGUGCUCUUCGGUGUCACAAGACACUGAGCCUAGAAACCAAAAAGAGGGUAAAACAGAUGGAGCGGGGGGCACCAAUCAGUUGAACAAGUCAAUAAAAGAGGGGUCAGGGGCUCCUCGUGUAGCAUUGCCAUCUAAGCAGCAUGGCACCGCCAAGAUUAGAAACAAGAAAUGGGGAGAUCCUGGUGCUUUUUCCGUUUCACCAACAACCAAGGAGUUUCACACAGCCACAACCACCCUUCCCCAAUCGAUAGCACCACCAAGUCGGCAAUCGUCAAAUGAGACAGAUAUCCAGACACCACCACCACCCAAUCAUCCUCAGCCAGGGCUCCAACCCUGUCCCCCCCAGCCAGCGCUUCAAUUGACAGAAAAUGUGGCAAUAGGGCAAACUCUCCCCGGAGCAGUCCACUGUGAAGGACCUUCAUUUCGGGAAAACUCUGCUGCGACACCGAUGGAGCUGAGUAGCUCAGAGGGUAGCCCCACUCCUCAAAUGAACGACUAUGGUGUUGGGGUUGCUCUCUUUGAUUCAGGUUUGGCAGUGGCCAAUUUGGUUUCCAAUGAGCCAUCUCCCCUGGAACUACCACAGGCACAGAACUUUGACGAACGCGAUGAAUCUAGGAGAAGAAAGGAAAGAAAGGCCAGACAACUACAGACCUGCAUCACCUCAAAUGUAAUCCUGGUGAUUGCAGUCAUUGUCGUCGCAGUGUGCGUUCUGGUUCCUGUGCUAUCCUUAAGAGAAACAGACGCUAAUGAUGAUGGCAACAUAAUAAUGGAGCCAACCAACCAAGACAUUCCAUCUCAAGCUCCAACCCCUGUGGAAGAAUCCAUCUUGUCGCUCCUGCCAGAAGAAACUGUUCAAGCAAUCACAGAGGAAUCCAUGUCUCCCCAGGCCGAAGCAUUCUCAUGGCUGGUGGAGGACGCAGAAAAUAUUCUGCAACUUCCACAUCGCCAAAUCCAACAACGAUUUGCCUUGGCAACUUUGUACUUUGCAACGGGGGGAGACAUGUGGAUCAGCAAUGACAACUGGCUCAACCAUUCGGUCGAUGAGUGUGACUGGUUUCAACAAGCAGAAUUUGGGAUAAAGUCAAUCCAAGGGAGACGGUAUCCUGGGUGGCUCUCGGAAUUCUUCCCUCCAACACAACCACAACCCACCACCUGCGAUCAAAAUGGCACAAUCCAACAUCUUUGGCUGGACCGAAACCAUCUUGUUGGCUCCUUGCCAGAGGAGCUCUAUCUCUUGACUUCUCUUCAGACAUUGUCUCUUGGGUUGAAUCAAUUCCAGGGCUCUAUCUCAACACGAUUUGGGCAACUCACACAACUGGAAGGAUUAGAGAUCCUGGAUCAACCACCAGAUGGGAGCAUUCCUUCGGAGAUUGGAAUUUUGACUAGUUUGAGAGGGCUUGUGCUGAGCGAUAGCAACCAUCAAGGCCCGAUUCCCAGAGAGAUUUGGCAAUUGACCGAUUUGGAGAGUUUGAUUCUUUUGAAUCACCAACAAAUGGAAGGGAGCAUCCCUUCUGAGGUUGGGCUUUUUCCAAUGUUGAGGUGGCUUGUGUUGGAUAACUGCAAUCGAUCAGGCAGCAUACCUACAGAGAUUGGACAAAUCAGCACCAUUGAAUGGUUUGUUGUGACAGCCAAUGUGACUGGGACACUCCCAACAGAGUUAGGACUCCUAUCCAAUCUGCACUUUCUGUCACUUUUUCGGAAUUCCCUGGUGGGGAGUAUUCCCAGCGAACUGGGUCAACUGACUUCGCUCUUCUUUUUGACGCUACGAGAAAAUGCACUUGGUGGCCCCGUUCCAAGUGAGAUGGGCCUCUUACAGAGCCUUACUUGGAGAUUCAGCCUGAGAGGCAACCAAUUCUCAGGAAAUAUUCCGACAGAGCUUGGGCUGUUGACAGGGCUUGUGGAUUUGCAUCUUCAGGAGAACAGAUUUACUGGAAAAAUUCCCAGCGAGCUAGGUGGACUCUCUUCUGCUGGCAUGCUGAGGCUUGGUGAAAACUCUCUGUCGGGGCAUUUCCCACCAGAGCUGUCAAACCUUCAAUCGUCUCUGUAUGAAUUGACAGUGCAAGGAAAUCCAUUGCUUUCCGGGACGAUUCCAACAUCUCUUUGCCAUUUAAAUGGCACAUGUGUUCGAAGUGGUGUUGCCUCCUGUGACGAACACCAGGGCUUGGUUUUUGACUGUACAGGGGUGUUGUGUGGAUGUGAUUGCACAUGUGGGGCUGGAAAUGAAUCUUCAAACUUGAGCAUGCAACCAUAGCCAUAGCUGCGUGGAUUGCUACCAUCGCAAUAUGAUAUCGAACAAGGAAGGGGUUUUAGAGCGGGGAGGUUAUCUCCGGAAGCCAGCGAUGGCAAGGCUUUGGCAAAGAAGAGGCCGAAUUCAGGACUGGGUUCCAUGGGCUCGGGGGGGAUCUUCCAUUUUACCCCCGACGUUCUGCCCUCCUGAGCACCCGUUGUGAUGCUCGGCUUGGGAAAGGAUACUGCGUUUCUAAUAGAGUUCGAGCUAGCUCGUAGAUGCUAUGCUGCCGUAUGCUAUUCUAACAUGUUUGUCUCUGGUUG